AUGUACGGAACUGAAGAUGUAAAGGAAGCCAUAAGAAGGCUUCCUGAGGACCUUUAUAAUGAUAGAAUGUUUCACAUUAAGAGAGCCCUGGACCUGACAAUGAGACAUCAGAUCUCGCCUAAGGAGCAGUGGACAAAAUAUGAGGAGGACAAAUUCUACCUUGAACCCUAUCUGAAACAGGCUAUUUGGGAAAAGAGAGAAGAAUAG